UCUGACCUCUCACCCUUGCUCUCGGUGCAGCAUCACCAGGAGGAGCCUCCGUGGGCACAUCCUUCACCCCGUGCCCUGCACCGCCAGGCCAUGAAGACAGAGAAGGACGAGGCUGUGCCCACCUUCUCCCUGCGGGGUAAAUACGGUGGAGAGGGGACAGGCUGCAGCGAGGUGGCUCUGCCCGGUGCCCCGAUGUUGGUGGCCGGAGGGACCCCAGCCCAGGACCUGCGGCCCCUGAAGCGCAGACCUGUCCCAGGGAAGCACUACCAGUGCUCGAGCUACGGCUGCAAACUGGCCUUCCCCAGCAUGCAGGAGCUGAUGGACCACCUGAAGGUCCACUACAGACCCACACAGUCCCUCGAAGGCAAAACCUUCCACUGCCCCACGCUGGGCUGCACCGAGACCUUCCCCAGCAUGCAGGACCUCAUGGCCCACAUGAAGGUGCACUACAAGCCAAACCGCUACUUCAAGUGUGAGAACUGCCUGCUGCGCUUCCGGACACACCGCUCCCUCUUCAAGCACCUGCACGUCUGCUCCGACAGCGCCAGCAGCCCCGCGGCUGGGAGCCCCCGGCCCAUCCGAGCCCCCCACGGCACCCGGGAGCGGCCGCUGGGGGUGAUCCCUGUGCUUCCCUGCCCGCCCGUCCUUGCAGGGCACUCCUCCAACAGCCGCAUCGUGUGGGAGCACACGCGGGGCCGCUACUCCUGCACCCAGUGCCCCUUCUCGGCCGCCUCCCGCGAGGAGAUGACCCUGCACAUCGAGGACCACCGCAAGAACCCCCCGCCCGGGCGCCUGGACGCCGAGAUGGAUUUCGGGGUGGGUCUCGCCUCCUUCCACGCCAAGAUGACGCCGGAGAUGGAGAACUCCCUGUACUCCCAGCUCUGAUGCCCCGGCUCUCACGGGACUGCUCCUGCUCCUGCUCCUCCCCAUCCCUCCCCCCGAGCCGGGCAGGGGGCACCGCCCAGCCCCUGCCACUGGGCUGGGACAGGGAUCCCUCCCUGGGCACCGGGAGCACCCCAGCCCAGCCCGGGGUGCCAGAAGGACGGGUGUUUCCUCUGGAAUUUUCUCCCCUCCCUUUUAUUUUCGGAAACUCUUAAGCACCCGAACCCCCUCGUUCUCCCUCCCCCUAAGGGUUUCGUUGCUUCAGCCCCCGUGGCUCUGGUAGGAGCCGGGUAGGUUGCUCAGGAGUUAGUGGACUUCUCUGGAAUGAAACCUCGGAAUAAUAAAUGGGAAUUGUACAGGA